GAAAAACAAUGCACACCCAACAAGCUGCGAGAGGUUAUCACGGAAAACAAUGAAAAUUUUAUUUUGAGUUUAACUAAGUCUAAGUAUCAUGUCCUUAACUGUGUUACUUAAAUCAUUUUGUUCCCGAAAUGUGAAGCAGUUGUCUUCAGUCACCUGUACUAGGAGAUAUUUUUCUACAGAUCAACAACCUUCUACCUAUAAGAAGAAAGAAGUUAAAACUGAAAAAAUUGACAAUACUUUAGCUGAGCACAGGUUUAUUUAUCCAGAAUUUUUGCCAGAUCCUAGGUAUGAAUUUCGAAACAAAAUUAGAGAAAAACUUGAACGAGAAGAUAUGUUAAAAAGACGCAGUGUUAUAAAUAUCCCAGAAUUCUAUGUUGGAUCUAUUCUGGCUGUAACAGCUUCUGAUAAGUAUGAUCCUGGUAAGCAGAAUAGAUUUGUGGGAAUCUGUAUUGCACGAAGCUACGUUGGACUCAGGGCUACUUUUGUCUUAAGAAACGUCGUUGAUCAUCAGGGUGUUGAGAUUUUGUAUGAUAUGUACAAUCCUUCACUGCUAUCCAUAGAAGUGUUGAGAUUGGAGAAGAGACUUGAUGAUGAGCUUUACUACCUUCGAGAUGCACCACCAGAGUUUAGCACCUUCCCUUUCAACAUGGAACCGGAGUUUAUUGUUCCGGGUGAUCCCAUUCGUGUCAAUCCCUUAAAGGUGAGGCUGAAACCACCCCCUUGGUGUCACAGGUGGGAAAUAAAAAACAUGAAAGGCAUCGAAAAUGUCAAAGAGCAUGUCAGCCAGAAAGCAAUUGCUCAUGCUCGAACUCUCGAGCAACCUUUUGAGGCUUAUGACCUUAUGAAAGAGUACAGACGUUGCAUACCAGAGGAGGACCAGAAGGAAAUCUGGGAGGAAGUAGAAAGUCACAGAAAGCAAUUCCCUGUGAAGAAACAGGCAUGGAAAAGAACUUUGCAGCGAGCAAAGCCUAAAAGGACUUUAUGAUGUUGAUCUUAAAGUGUUUAUGUUUUGUUUCCUUUAGAAGAGAAAGAAAUAUGCUUUUUCAUUGAUGUGGCUUAGAUUAUUAAUUUUUUUUGAUGAAAAUGUUUUAUUAAUCUUUUAUAUUAAGUUUGAUUGAUAUUAAACAUUUAAUAAUGUCAAAAAAUUAGUUUUGUGAUUUUGACAAAGAAAAAAUAUUUUCUCAAAAGCUAUUUAAUCAACGAGGUUUUUUAUAAUUUACUUUCUGGUUUAAUUUAAUUUACUUUCUUUUAAUUUAAUAAUAGGGUAAGAUAUAAGUUGCAAAGAAAUUGAAUUUUGUAAUAGGGUCAUUUACUUUUCUGUGAUUAAAAUAGUAAAAUAUUUUAUCGAAA